CCCAACUCCCUCUACCAUGUCUACACAUAUAUAUACAUAUGUCUGAGUGUGCAUUUGGGUGCUCUGGGCAGUGUCUUGACAGAGAACCUGAGCAGGACAAACCAGCCUUGACCUGAGCGAGCUAACUGGCACCAUGAAAAUAUCAGGUGUCUUUCUGCUCCUCUCUCUGGCUCUUUUCUGCUUUUUCUCAGGUGUCUUCAGUCAAGGAGAACAGGACAAAAGAGCCGGGAUCACGAGAUCAGAGGGUCGAAUGCCACGGAAAGGUGGCUUAAGAUGGCGUCUCUUUCAAGUUGACUGUGGUGAGUUCCAGGACCCCCAGGUCUUCUGCACUCGGGAAUCUAAUCCCUACUGUGGCACCGAUGGCCAGACGUACGGCAAUAAAUGUGCCUUCUGUAAGGCGAAGGUGAAAAGUGGUGGGAAGAUCAACCUAAAGCAUCAUGGAAAAUGCUGAAUGAGAGCCAGGGUUCUGUGCUGCCUUCCCAGCUCUCUCCUCCUUCUUUUCUUGCUUCUGCUUUUAUUUUUCUCUAGCUGAUCUCUUAAAUUUACAAAAACGUACCUUCUGCUUUGCCUGGGUCACAGGAAGUUCAAUAUACAUCUAUUCCCUUGAUUCACUUAACAAUAAAAUAAAUUCUGCAGAA